AUGACACCACUGGGGGAGGAAAUGACACAUGUUGACCCCAUGAUGGCUUUUGAGAUCCUACCCCAAUGCCUGAAUGAGCGGUGGAAGUCCCAGUGGUUUGUCCUGUACCCAGCAAGUCUUCACGGAGUUGCCCGUUUGGAGUUCUUUGACUGCAAGGAGGGGGCCACCCCGGUGGACCGGAUCAGUACCAAGAAGCUGGACAAGAAGAUUGUGCGGCUGGCAGAUUGCGUGAGUGUGGCUCCUGCCUUGGACUGCAGCCCCAAGGAGGGCUUGGCCGCCUUCUGCCUGGAGACCAACAGCCGCACCUACGUCUUCGCCACUGAGCCACAGGAGGCAGCUGACUGGGUGGCGAAGCUCUGUGAGGCAGCCUUUCUGGUGAGCGGGACUGGCGGGCCGGGGGUGGCCCAAGGGGGCGGUAGCUAAAGCAAAGGUAGAGCUAAGAAUAGGACUAGGACUAGGACUAGGACUAGGACUAGGACUAGGACUAAGAAUAGAAUAGAAUAGAAUAGAAUAGAAUAGAAUAGAAUAGAAUA